AUGUCGAAAACCAGUGGAAUAUAUACUCUCCGCUGGGGGAUCGUCGCAACCGGGAACAUGGCAAAACAGUUCGUCGAGGACCUUUUGCUUGACCCUUCAACUCGAGGUGUAAACGACAUCAGACACGUCGUGCAUGCCGUAUCGUCAAGCUCUGGUGUAGGGAGGGCGAAUCAGUUUAUUAAAAGUGUCAUCGGAGAGAGUUCGACGGCGGUAGCAUAUGAUUCCGUUGCAGAACUCGUGAAUGAUCCUGAAGUGGAUGUAGUUUAUAUUGCAAGUAUUACUUCUGCACACUAUACAAACGUCAAAACAUGCCUGGAGGCAAAGAAGCCAGUCCUCUGCGAGAAAUCAUUCACCAUAAACGCUGCACAAACUGCUGCCUUAAUAUCGCUAUCUAAAAAUAAUACCACCUUCCUGGCUGAAGCCCUCUGGACACGAUACUUCCCAAUCACAUCUCACAUCCAUUCACUCUUGCAUGUGCAGCAUGUCUUGGGAAAGAUCUAUCGCGUUACUUCAGAUCUUUCACUCGACUUUGCCGCCAACCUACCCAAACAUGGUAUCAGAGACCCUCUCGUGGGUGGAGGCGCUCUAUUGGCGAUUGGAGUGUACCCACUUACAUGGGUUAUGCUGGCCUUGUAUGAGGGAGGAAAAGAAAGGGAGUUGCCCGAGGUAGUGGCACAGAUGGUCAUGCAGGAAGUCGACGAGGCGAAGGGUGUACAUGAAGUCGCAGAUGAACAAACAAACGCAAGCUUGGUCUUUAAGAAGUCCAGAGCAACUGCUGGACAAUUGACGAUACCUUGGUCACCUCACCGACCCGAAUCAUACACACUCGAAAUCUACAAAACAAAGGCAAGCCCCGCAUCGACAGAGACAAAAGAGUUCCCCAUUCCCGGUAAAGGCCUGUUCUUCCAAGCAGAUGCGGUAGCCCGUGCGCUGCGCGAGGGAAAAAUCGAAGCCGACGAGUACAGGCUCGAGGACAGCUUAGCACUCAUGCAAGUCCUCGACGAGGUAAGGAAGCAAGGCGGACUCAAAUACCGACCAGAGCUGGAAGCAUAUUGA